AUGUUUGAAUCUAAAUUCCAUGAUCACACACUUGGUUCUGUCCCUCAACGUCCCAACAUCAAAACAGACUUAUUCAACAAUUUGAAAAUCUACGUCUAUGACUUGCCUUCAAAGUUCAACAAAGAUUGGUUAGAGAACAACAGAUGCAGCAACCACCUCUUCGCCGCGGAGGUCGCUCUUCACAAGGCGUUGCUCAGCCUCGACGGAGACGUACGGACGAAAGAUCCGUACGAAGCCGAUUUCUUCUUCCUCCCUGUCUAUGUUUCUUGCAAUUUCAGCACCAUCAAUGGUUUUCCAGCGAUUGGUCAUGCCCGAUCACUAAUCAAAGACGCUAUAGGGCUUGUCUCUGCUCAAUACCCGUUUUGGAAUCGAACCAAUGGCUCUGACCACGUCUUCAUCGCCACACACGACUUUGGCUCUUGCUUCCACACUAUGGAGGAUAGAGCAAUAGCUGAUGGGGUACCGAAGAUUUUGAAAAAUUCUAUAGUUUUGCAAACGUUUGGUGUUAGUUAUAGUCAUCCAUGUCAAGAGGUGGAGAACGUGGUGAUACCACCGUACGUAUCGCCGGAAAGUUUUCAGAGAACUCAAAAGAAUAUUCCGGUAGCUAAAGAACGAGACAUUUGGGUAUUUUUCCGGGGAAAAAUGGAAAUUCAUCCCAAAAACAUUAGUGGACGCUUUUAUAGCAAGCAAAUAAGGACGGAGAUAUGGAGAAGUUACGGUGGUGACCGCCGGUUUUAUCUUCAGCGACAAAGAUUUGCUGGUUACCAAUCAGAAAUCGCUCGUUCUGUUUUCUGUUUGUGUCCUCUCGGGUGGGCUCCAUGGAGCCCAAGACUUGUUGAGUCAGUAAUCCUUGGCUGCGUGCCUGUGAUUAUUGCUGAUGGAAUUCGUUUGCCGUUCCCUUCUGCCGUGCGUUGGCCUGAAAUCUCGCUCACUGUAUCUGAGAGAGACGUUGGAAAGCUUGGGGAGAUUUUGGAACACGUGGCGGCUACUAAUUUGUCUGUUAUACAUAAGAAUCUAGAAAAUUCAUCUAUUAAACAAGCCCUUAUGUUUAAUGUUCCUCCCAGGGAGGGAGAUGCCACAUGGCAAAUUUUGGAAGCUUUGUCAAAGAAAUUGAAUAGAUCUGUUAGAAGGUCGAAUAUUUUCGUGUAA